AUGUUGUGCCACGGGGUUGAUAAAAGUUGGAACGAAUGGCUCACAAUUCCUUUGAAAUAUCGUGAUCUUCCUGUUACCGCACAAUUAGCUUUAACUGUGUAUGACGUGUACGGUCCGCGUAAAGCAAUCCCGGUAGGCGGCACAACUUUUCGACUUUUUGGAAAGAACAACACCCUAAGAAGAGGGAAGCACAAAUGUUAUCUUUGGCCGAAUGUUGAAUCCGACGGUCGUGAACACACAACCACUCCCAGCAAAGUUGGUGCAAAAAAUGAGAUGGACCGACUGGAGAAAUUAGUCAAACAACAUGAUAAGAGCGAUAUGGCUAAACUAGAAUGGCUCGAUAAUCUCGCUUUCCGUCAAAUAGAGAAGAUUAAUAAGAGAGAGUCUUCAAAAUCGAAAAAUUUAUAUUUGUACAUAGACCUACCUAAAUUUGAUUUUCCACUUGUGUUUAGUGAACCGGAAUACCCUUUGCCUUGUUCCACUUCAAUGACUAUCAAUGGAACACAUUCUAACGUGCUUACACCUGUGGGCGAUUCUGGCAUAAUAUUUAUUGUUGAUCCUGAAAUUAACAGGGAAAAUCCGGUGGAAGCAAAACACAGGCGUAUGGUGAGAAGUCAUCGUAACGGAGCUUUGGAUCGCGAUCUGAAACCAGACGCAAAGACUCGGGACGAAUUAAAUGGAAUCUUGAAAUAUCCACCGACGCAACAUCUGACUUCAGAAGAAAAAGAUUUACUAUGGAAAUUUAGGUUUUAUUUAACACGUGACAAGAAAGCGCUUACUAAAUUCUUAAAGUGCGUCGUGUGGACUGAUCCAACCGAAGUGAAGCAGGCUGUUGAGCUGCUGCCCAAAUGGGCAGACAUCGAUCUGGAUGAUGCGCUUGAAUUGUUGAGCGCCAGUUUUGAAAACCGUUCUGUUCGAGGAUACGCUGUCGGUCAACUAAGAAAAGCAGACGAUGAGGAGCUUCAGCUAUAUCUUUUACAACUUGUUCAAGCCUUAAAAUUUGAAAAUAUAAGUGACCGAUCUAGUUCAAGCUUGGCCGAAUUUUUGAUCGAAAGAGCUAUGAAGAACCAGAUUUUAGGAAAUAAUUUUCACUGGUACCUUAUGGUUGAGUGUGAAGACAAAGCGGUUGGCAAGAUGUAUGGUAAAGUGGUUUAUCAAUACUUGAAGGCCAUGAUGGAGACUCCAUCAGGGUAUCACCAGCGAGAAAUACUUCGUCGACAAGGGGAGUUGGUCGCCAUGCUCUCGGAAAUCUCUAGGGAGAUACGUAUGAUGAAAGACGCGAGACCAAAAAAGAUUGAAAAGCUUCGAGCCAAGAUAUCAGAUCCUAAGAAUGGGUUAUUGCAAUUUCAUCCUUUGCCUUUACCGCUCGACGCCCGUAUUCAAGUUACGGGCAUAAUUCCAGAGAAAACUACGGUGUUUAAGAGCAAUUUGUUCCCAUUAAGGUUGACCUUUUCAUUGGUGGACGGUGGCGAGUAUCAAGUAAUAUUUAAAACCGGAGAUGAUCUUAGGCAGGAUCAACUUGUCAUACAAAUCAUUACUCUCAUGGAUAAACUGCUACGAAAGGAGAACCUGGAUUUGAAAUUAACACCUUAUAAGGUUCUUGCUACCGGACCGGAUCAUGGCUUAGUUCAAUUUAUUACAUCUUCAUCAUUGGCCAAUGUUUUAAGUGACUUUAAUGGCAGUCUGUUGCAAUUCCUAAAAGCGCAUCAUCCGGACGAGAAGGCCGUUGGAACGUACGGUGUUAGCGCUGCCGUAAUGGAUACGUAUGUAAAAAGUUGUGCCGGUUAUUGCGUUAUUACCUACUUAUUGGGUGUUGGAGAUCGUCAUUUGGAUAAUUUGUUACUUUCUCCGGAUGACUUUGGAUUUAUCCUCGGACGAGAUCCAAAGCCAUUUCCACCACCGAUGAAAUUGUGCAAAGAAAUGGUGGAAGCGAUGGGCGGGGCGAAUUCCAUUCAUUACCAAAAGUUUAAGAGUUACUGCUAUAUAGCAUUUAACAUCCUUCGCAAGAGUGCAAACCUGAUACUUAAUUUGUUUGCCUUGAUGGUUGACGCUAAUGUUCCUGAUAUUAAGAUUGAACCGGAUAAGGCGGUGUGGAAGGUGCAAGAAAAGUUUAGAUUAGAUUUAACCGAAGAAGAAGCCAUAAAAUAUUUCCAAAAUCUAAUUAAUGACUCGGUUAGCGCACUAUUUCCACAAGUCAUUGAAACUAUUCAUAAAUUUGCGCAAUAUUGGCGCAGGUGA